AUGGGCAGGAAGAGAAAGGAAAUCAAGAUUGAAGAAGAAGAAGAAGAAGCAGCAGCUAACCCCCCUCAGCCAAAGGGUCCUUACUUCUCUUGGCACGAGACUCUUGAUGCUAUACUGAUACAAUGUAUGCUAGAGCUGAAGGCUCCUGGAUGCGGGGUCAAGGUUGAUCCAAAUAUUCGAUCGAGGCACAGGAAGCUGAAAAGGGAUUUUAGUGCUGUACACUUGUUGCGUUCAAAGAGUGGAAAUGGGUGGGAUGAGUUGACUCUAACACCAGUGGUGGAGGAUGAUGUGUUUGAUGAUCUGAUGAAGGUGCAUCCAAACAUCAAGAACCUCAACAAGAAGCCAUUCCCACACUACUAUGAACUUCUGAAGAUAUUUGGCAAAGGCGGAACAGCUCAAGGAAGGGUAACAGGUGGAAUUUCAGAUCCGGUUUACUCGCCUCAAACAUUUGUCAAUCUGGACAGCUUAGACUCACCCAUUGAUUUAGAAGACCCGAAUAGCACGGAGAUAUUGGUUGACAUCAUGAAUGAAGGAAUUGAGCAGAGUCUUAGAGAAAGUGCAGGGCAUCAGCAGGCACAUGGCCAAGCAACUAAGGGGGAGCCAUCUGCGAAGGGUGCUGUUGGCAGCAACUCCGUUGCUAAGAAGAAGGCUAAAAGGGUCGAGUUCAACAAUGAUGAAGCUAUAGCGAAUGUUGUGUCUGAGCUUGGUGGUUUGAAGCCUGUUAUUGACAAGGCUGUAGAAGCUCUUGGAUCCAUACUAGGUGAUCAAGAUAAUGACAGCAGUAAGCAAGCUGCACUAAUGGCUGAGAUUGGAAAAAUUGAUGGACUAACACGAUGCCAAGUCAUUGAUGCUGCAAUCGCUCUAGUGGACAGUGAAUCGAAGACAAAACUCUUUUAUGCUCUUAAGAACGAAGAGGACCGCUUCUAUUUUGUGAAGAGUCUACUACGUUGA